AUGGCCUGUCCGUCCGGCUGCUUGAAUGGCGGAGCUCAAAUUCGUUACGAUGAUCGAGAAACAAACGAGUCAAUCUUGACCCGGAUGACGGAUGAUUACAACGCCUUAGAAAACUAUCAGCCGCUGACGUGCGAAAAAUUCAGCCCACUUUUCGCACAGUUAAAACGCGACAUCGACAAACAGUCCCUCUACACAAGUUUCAGGGCUAUUCAGAAAGAAGAGACGAACGCCUUGACGAUCAAGUGGUGA